AUGGCAUCUCUAAACAAACCGGGCUCGCUUACAGGAGCUGAAUACGAGGCCAUCCAGGAACUUUGGGGAGUUCCGUACGAAGCUGUCAUCGAUUAUCCAAAUGGGGAUACUCCGGGGAAUGUGAGACCGGUAUACUGUGGAGCCUUCAUGUGCUUUUUUCGUGAUGGCCUUAUGUCAUUUCCUAUCCCUUCGUUCCUACUCGAGAUUCUAGCGGAGCUGGGAUUGGCGUUUACACAGAUUACUCCGACCUUCUGGCGUUACGUCUUGACGACGUUCGUUCGGGCCAGAGAGGAAGGGUUGAAGUUUGGUUUGGCUGAGUUAAAGCAACUUUAUACUCUCAAGCGAAGUAGCGGCGUUACUGGAGCGAUUCUUCUUUCUCCACAGGCAGGUCGCUCAAUCAUUAGCGACAUUCCUGGUAAAGACGUUUAUUGGACGGACAAGUUUUUUGUCUUCAAGAUCGAUCCAGUGACGGUUGGGGAUUUUGACUUUUCUCGGAUCCCGAUGAAGUGGAACGAAAACGUUGGGAUGAAAAGGAAAGAGCCUCAUACGGAGCCUUCGGAUGCUAAUUCUGACUUCGCGCCUUUGAAACGAGCUCGUGGGACCCCUGACAAACGGGUACUUCGAUCGAGCUCCCAGGUUCAGUCUCUGGUCGUUGUGGCUACGCCGCUUUCUGUAGUUCCUCCAGCCCGUGGUGAUCGACCGGAGGCUCGAGUACCAGGCGAGGUAGAAGCCGGGGAAGUAGUUUCCAAGGUUCAGCGACGUCGUCUGACUUUGGAGGAGGAGGUAUCCAGAGAUCUUAGCGUAUCGAGCUCAGAACCCCAGAAGCAAGAUCCCGGAGAAGGCACUACAAAGCCGAUCAACUUUCCUACGGAUUGUCGAACAGAUUCUCCGCUGGCAUUCUCGUAUGACGUCGAUACUCUGAUUCUGGAGAAUCCCGAACAGCUUGCCGCCAUCUGGCGAAAACUAAGGAGGCAUUCAUGCGAGCUUCCUUCCUUGGAGCAUAUGCGAGGUCCCGACGCCUACGUUCAGAUGGCGGUUGCAAAUGCCAAGGCUAUGGAGGCUAGCAACGAGUACGCUGCUUUGAUGGAGGAGCGGUUGGCAAAUUUCCCUACUGGGGAAGAGCUCGGUGGCCAACUUACUAUGAUCCAACACUUGCGGUCGAAGUUAACCAAGGGUUACGAUGCUGCUCUUGAUACGGUGAGGGGGACUAUCCGAAGGAGGAAAGCUGAAAGCGCUGCAGAGAUGCGCUUACAGGAGGUUCGUGCGAAGAUCAAGGCUUUGACCGAAUACAUGGAAGGUGGAUUCGAGCUUGAGGAGGAGCUGGACCGUCUUAAGCGUAGAGAUGUCGAAGGAGAUUGA